AUCGUCUUUAUCAUCAGCAAACCUCCCAGCUAUUGUAAUCAGUCAACUCUGUUUGACCUCACUUUGUUGGUCAUUGUUAAUGUUAGUGUUAUGUUCCAGUUUAAGUUCCAGUCUUUGCCAUAUCAAUAAAAGUAUAAUUUCAUCUAUUACCUCAGUCUUCAUCUCACCUUCAUCCUCCACCACAGCCUGACAAUGUCUUUAGGGUAUAAUAUUGUACCCCAAAAAGUACAGCAUUUCAAGGUGUUGUAUACCCAUAAAGGUAUCAAACUGAACCUUUAAGGGUACCACCCCUAAUAGGGUACCUUUGUACCUUUUUUCUGUCAGUGAGUAGUGGUCUCUAUUAUUGUUUUUGGUUAGUCUUACAGUAGUUGCAGAAUUAAAACUGAGCAUUGCAGACUUCAUCUAAUCAUUAAGCUUUUAAGAUGGUGAUACUUUGCCACAGUGACCUGAGAGAAGCACAGCUGCAGUGGAGGAGUCACUUCAGAUCAGGUCUAAGGACGUAAUGGACGUUUCAAGUCUCAGUACUGAAGCUGCGUCAAUGGAGCCCACUUCCAAACUGUUUUGUUGUAGAUCCAUAAGGCGUUGCAUCCCUCUGGUAUAUAGAGAGGAGCUUUACCACAUCCUGUGCAUGACUGGACCAUUGGUCACGUCACGUAUUCUGAAUUUUCUUCUGCCAUUUGUAAUAACAAUGUUUUGUGGUCGUCUGGGAAACACUAUGCUGGCUGGUUAUGGGAUGGCUUCAGCUACUAUAAACAUCACAACAGCGGCUACAGGAGGAGGCCUGGCAUUAGCAGCUAAUACUCUAAUAUCUCAGACCUUUGGUGGGAAAAACAUGUUGCGUGUUGGUGUCAUCCUUCAGAGAAGCGUCUUGAUUCUCCUACUUUUCUGUCUGCCCUGUUGGGCUUUACUCAUCAACACCCGUCCCAUUCUUCUUCUGCUGGGUCAGGACCCAGAGGUGGCCAGGAUAGCUCAACUCUAUGUGUUUUUUUACCUGCCAGCUGUUCCUGCUAUGUUUUUAUAUCAGCUGCAAGUCGCCUAUCUCCAAAAUCAGGGUGUGAUCUUGCCUCAGAUGUAUGCAGCCAUUGUGGCCAAUAUUGCUAAUGUUGGAACAAACUACAUCCUUCUUAACUGGUUGGACCUUGGAUUAUAUGGCUCUGCUGCUGCUAACAGCCUUUCCCAGAUCUAUAUUUGUGGUCUCCUGUAUUUGUAUAUUCGCUGGAAGAAGUUACACAUUGACACGUGGGGAGGCUGGUCAUGUGAAUCACUUCAGGAGUGGGAUGGAUAUAUGAAACUGGCCGUUCCCAGUACAAUGAUGUUCUGCUUUGAGUGGUGGAUAUAUGAGGUUGGGGGUUUCUUAGCAGGCAUGCUGAGUGAGUUGGAUCUGGCAGCUCAACAUGCAGUUAUUAUGCUGGCUUUUAUAAACUACAUGUUUCCGCUGGGGAUUCAAGGCGCUGCAUGUGUUCGUGUGGGUAACGCACUUGGAGCUGGAGAUACUGCUGGUGCAAUCCGCACCUGCAAGGUGUCGCUCACCUGCACAGCGGUCUUGGCUGUUUUGCAAGGUCUUUUGUUAGUAGGGACAAAAUCAGUGAUUGGUUUCUUAUUUACGUCAGACAGGCAUAUUGUGGCGCUUGUUUCCAAACUCUUGAAUGUCUACUGUGUACUUCAGUUUUUUGAUGGUCUUGUUUGUGUCUGUAUGGGUAUUCUCCUGGGGUCGGGUCAGCAGAAGAUUGCUGCUGUUGCUAACUUCUUUGGGUAUUACUGCAUUGGACUUCCACUCUGCAUAGCUUUAAUGUUUGCGGCAAAAUUAGACGUUGUUGGCUUUUGGCUGGGGCUGCUCAUCUGUGUAUGUGUACAGUCCAGCUUUUUCAUUGCAGUUAUUUUUAAACUUAACUGGGAGAGACUGACUGAAGAGGCAGUGGAACGAGCUGGAAAGAGUAAAGUCUCUGACAUGACAACUUCAGAUGUGACAAACAACCUCAUAUGUGCUGCUAGGACUACAGCGAGGCAAAGUGAGAAUGGGGAUGAGUACACGGCUGUGAGUUCUCAAAAUGAAGAUGAAGGACACAGUACUGUGGUACAUGAUGGUUUAGGAGUGGUUGAGGAAAAGGAGGAACCUACAGUGAGGCUCUCAACCUCUCAGAUCAUCAUCAGGAGGGGUCUGACUACUUUGGCUGCUCUUCUUAUUCUAGCUGUUGGUGUAGCUGUUCAUCUCAAUGUGCCUUUACCUGAAGUGUUAAAUAAGGCAAAUAUUACUUUGGACUCGAACCUUACCACAACUUCCCCUUUUAUAAUCAAUUCAACAUCAGUCUUAAUUUGAUAAAAAAUAUUUUUUAAGCUUUAGUGUUGCUUGUAAUAGAUCUGAUCUCUUUAGUAUUUCAUUUGUUUCUGCAAAACAGCAAUGAGACUAGUGAAGGACUCUUGUGUCUCAUAUGAGGAAAAUACCUCACAUGUGUCUCCUUUAGACUUCCAGAAGAGAUUGCUUCAACAUGUUAAACUGUUCAAAUUGCACUUGCAAUGCUUACUAAUGAUGUUUUUGUCAGGUUUGACUGAGCUUGUAAGGGAAUCAAGGGCAACAUUUCAUUUUUCUCUCUCAAGAUUUAUGGUAUAGAAAGUCAUAGUAAAAUUGUAGGAAACAAGAUAAGUGGAUAUGUAUUUUCUUACAGAUAAUUAUAAAUAUAUAUUUUUGGUUAAAUUGCUACCAAAUCAGGCCAACCUAUAAAAGUGAAAUCAUACACACUGUAAAAAAACAUGCAGCGUGAAGUUAAAACAACUUGGUUUGGUAAGUCAAUUCAGUUUAGACCUGUGAUAAACCUGUGACAUAACUUAUAAAAACAAGUUUAAAUUGUUUAACUUAAUUUGUUAAGUUAAAGUAACAUAAAAAUAUAUGUUGAUUUUUACAAAAAUGCUGCAUUUUACCAUGCACUUAAAAAAAACAAGUUACUUGGUUGCUGAGUUGAUUCGACUUAACCUCCUAAGACCUGAGCUUUGGUUUAUCUUUGUUUUUCAGAUUUCUUCCAGCUAUUUUGGGGUUAGGAUGAACCAAUAGAUAUAAUAACCAAAUAUUUUUCAUUGAACAUGAAGCAGUGUAAUUGUCCAUGUUUGUGUACAACAGGUUCCAGUUACACAGAAUGUAUUCUGGUGCACACAACAAAAUAUGUGAUGUCCACGUACUGUAUGUGGACAUCCAGAUCUUAGGAGGUUAAAUAUAGUUGACUCUAAAAAUUGUCAACUAAUAUUGUUCAGUUAACUCCAGGUAACCAGAUAACUUACCUUUUUGAGUUGAGCGAACCUUUUUUACAGUAAAAUGAUGUAUGUUCUGCUAAUGAAAUGAAUCCACAGUACAGACACAGUAGAAAAGCUCUUUGUUGAGACAUACGUGUACCCUGCUGUCCUGAGACAGAAUACAUUUGUCCUGACAUUCAAGGUUACAGUGUUACAGACUGACACAUUUAAUGUCAUCAUCUGUCCUUCCAGACUAUUAACCAGAAAACAAUAGCCAUUUGCAUACUCCUUAAACCAAUAAUAAUAUAAUUUCUAAUAUCUUUACUCCAGUUUUUA